AUGGCCUCCGUCGCAAGGUCUCUAGGCCGUCCAGCCUUCCUCCUGGCCCGGAGAGGCCCCCUUGCCACGUCCUCGCGUUCAUUCUUCCUCACGCCCUUCAGAUACAUGCCCGAGGAUCCCCCGGUCCCUCCUCCCCCAAAGGCACGGAAACCCGAAGACUAUGCCGCCAUGCCGGAAUACUCGCCAGACCUGCUGAGUAAGGAGGAGCGGUCGAUGUACGACAUGAUGGCCCCCGAGGAGAAAGAGCAAUUUGAUGCAGAGAACCGUCGAAUUGUGGAGGAGUUCAAUGAUCCGCAGAAGCGCGCGGCCGCAUUCGCUGAGAUUGAGAAUCUGGCGAACCAGGUGGAACGGGAGGAGCCAAUGCGGUUUAAUGAUGAACCUGAGAGGAGACGGGGGUUCUGGGCGGAGGACGAUGGUGAUGAAUUUGCUCUCGUCGAGGAUGGUGAUGAGGCGUUCAACGACGAUGAAAUCACCUCCAUGGCUCAUGCGGAAGUCGAAUUGCACCGCGAGAUCAGAGAAUACGCACGCAUUGCAGCAUGGGAUAUGCCUCUGUUGAGCCACCUCGCAAAGCCCUUCACCCUCCCUCCUGAAACUCACAUCCUCCGCUUCCGCUACACAACCUAUAUGGGCGAACAACACCCCGCAGAGCCCAAGGUCGUCGUCGAACUCUCCACAAAGGACCUCACCCCCAAAUACCUCACCGAAGCCCAGCGCCAAACCUUCCUCAAACUCGUUGGCCCGCGCUACAACCCCGACACUGACAUCGUCCGCAUGUCCUGCGAACGCUUCAACACCCGCGCCCAGAACAAGCGGUAUCUAGGUGACGUGAUCAACAACCUCGUCAAGGAAGCUAAGGAGGGCGAUUCGUUCGCGGAUGUCCCGCUUGAUCUCCGGCACCAUAAGCCCAAGCGGCAGCUGCGCUUCCCCAAAGAAUGGAUCAUGACUGAACAGAGGAAGAAGCAAUUGGAGGCGAGACGGGCGCAGCGGGAACGCUCGGAAGAGAAGAGGCAGAUUGUGGACGGGAGUGCUGUUUUUGCGGAAGCAGCAAGGACACUGCCUGAGUUGAACCCGGCGUUGAGGGCGCAGGCGUCGAAUGAGCGGGAGAAGGUGGCUGUGAAGGUCGGUGCUAGGGCGAAGAAGUUACGCUGA